CAAAAAGAACAUACACAUUUUUAUCUUAUUACUCAAACCAUGUCAUUUUAUAAUUAUAAUUAUAAUGCAAUUUAUAUCUACUUCAAACUUAAUAUUAUUCGCAAAAUGCAUUGAUUUUAAAAAUAAUUUCAUUUAUCUAAAUAUUUUUGGUUAAAUAUGCGUAAUUACUAAAAACAUAAAUAAAUUUCAAUCAUUUCUUACUAUGUGUGAAAAUGUCAAAACAACAUUCUUCUUUCUUUGAAUGAAUUUUAAAUUUAUUCACCUCAAAAAACUUUUUUACAAUGAAUGCAACUAUUGUUUCUGAAAGAGAUUAUAGUAUCAAAUUGACAUUCUUUGUAAAACAGAGAAAAUAUAUUUUGUGUUUUUAUUAUUUUAAUGAAUCUAAAAAUAAAGCUUCAGUCUCUAUUCAAAUAUGUAAUAACACAUUUCAUUGUUAUUUACAAGUAGGAAUCAUUUUACCAAAUCAAAUAUAUAUUUCUUCCUAUUUAAAAUUUCUAAAACAUCAUUUUAGUAUACAGGGAAUAUAAGAUAAAAAAUUAAGUCGGUGGUAUAAAUAAACUUUUCGUGUGCUUCUGAUUCUAACUUUCUAAACUCUCUGUCACAGAUUUUUACUAAAAUUGAAUAGUUUUUUGUUUGAUAAAGGUAACAGUCACACAUGUUUCAGCUACAGUAGUUCUUUUUCUCCUCUUGUUAUUGAAAUCCCUUUGUUUCUGUCUCCUUUCACCUGAACUUUUAUCUGCUGUCUUUCCCGACAAAGAAAACAACAACGUUUCUUCUUUUCAGACCAAGACAAUUCUUGUAAAGCAAAGAUUGCGACUUGAAUAUAUCCCGUUUCGCAUAACUAAACUACACACAUAUAAAAAUAUAUCAUUUGUGACUAAAACUUAAACAUCAAAAGAAACAAAAUCUUCUAGGAGCCAAAAAAAAAAAUCUAACAUUUUUUUCAGAGCAUUGGGGGUAAGAAACCCCAAUUCAGUACAAAAUAAAACAUAAAAUAAGUGUCCAAUUGUUAGUCGCUAUAGAUUUAGAACGUCGAGAGUUUGAUUAUUGAUUAUAGAUAGUUCGGCAAUAUGUUUUUUUUUACUGAAGUGUCCAAAUGCCUAGAAACACUUACAAUCUAACCUAUACUAAAAGGGUUAUAUGAGCAUCAGAGAAGCUGUCCACGUAGGACAAUUAAAUCAGCCAAUCAAGAGAUUUCUUUUUGACAUGUCAUCAAGCCCAGCUCCGUGCUUUGGUUCUUCUUCACGCCUUUUGCGAUCCAAGAGGUUCGACGUUUCCCUUUUUCAUUUUUCCAGAUUCUGUUUUGCUAGAUCGAAUCGUGAAACCCUUUGCUUUUCCUCUCUUAAUCCACGUUAUCCGGUGAUCCUAAAAGAAGUGUUAUUCUAUCUCGAAGGAUUCCGAGGAGAUCUAAACGCAGCGAUGGAGGCUUGCCGCAGAAAACCUUGCCGUCGCCGGCUCAACCUCCGUCUGAGAACCAGAGAACCUCGGCGGAGGAACAAAGGAGAAACGAGAAGAUCGUGAGAUUCACAGAACUGAGCCGUGGUAUCUGCACGAGUUCUAAGGGAAUGAAGGAUCGGCCGAUACGAUGCAUGACGUCUUCAGGAACGUCAGAAGGAAGAGGAGAUCAGAAGGAAUCUGGUUGUCUGGUUCUCAGACAGAGGUUGUGAUGAAUCACUUGGAGCUCUUGGUGGCGUUUGGUUCACUGAAGGAUUUUCUUUUUGAUGGUUGUGAACAGGUCAGCUAUGGGAGAGAAGAAGCUUGCAGAUAGAGUCAGCGAAGAGCAAGUAAAGAGAAUUGAAUUGAUGGUUUCUGAUGUUGAUGCGAGGGAUACCGAAGAUGAGGUCUUUGAGGAAGCUAUCGACAGUUCGAAGCCUGAAUCUUUCCAAGCCGAUGAUGGGUUACACGAGGAUUUGCCUUCAGAGGAAGUGAAAGUGCCAGAGGUUAAUGGAGAGAGCCAUGGUGAGGCAAACCUGCAACAUAUAACUACGGGAGAGGCUGUACCAGGUUUUGUGACUUCCCAAAUGAAUGGUGAUGAAGGGGAAGCAGGUGCAGGGAAUGUCAGCGAGACAGCUACACUUUAUUUUUCUGAAAAUGGAAUCGUCUCCCCUGAGAAGAAAGCUGUUCUCCUCUCUUUCGGGUAAGCUUUUAUGGUUUCAUUUUCAAUGAAUUCUUCUUCUAUGUAUAUCUUUGAAAAUAGACGAGUACUCUAUAGUUUGUGGUGAUAAUCCUGAGCUAUUGUUUUGUUUCUACUCUAUUUUAUUGUUAGGGUUGUUGGAAUUUAUAUCAAACCUUAAGUCUUUUUGUUUGAUUGGUGCAAUGAUUGGUGAUUUCGUUUUGGUUAUGCUUCUGAGCAGGUCAGAGAAGGAAGAGAAGAAGCUUGGAGACAAUAGAAUCAUCCAUGACCAAGUAGAGAACAAUAUAUUACUGGUUUCUGAUGUUGUCUUUGUGGAAGCUAUUGACGGUUUCCAAGCCGAUGAUGGGUUGCACGAGGAUUUACCUUCAAAGUCAACUCCUGAACAUUCCACGGAUGAUCUGGAAGAAGAGAAUAGCAAUGACAAGGAAGUGAAAGAUUCCAAGGUUAGUGGAGAGACCCAUGGUGAGGCAAACCUGCAACAUAUAACUGAGGGAGAGGCUGCACCAGGUUUUGUGACUUCCAAAAUGAAUGGUGACGAAGGGGAAUCAGGUGCAGAGAAUGCGAACGAGAAAGUUACAUGUUCUUUUCCUGAAAAUGGAAUCAUCUCUCCUGAGAAGAAACAGCUGGUGGCUGAAGUGAUCGAGGAAACAAGGAAUGAUGGUACUGAAGAGGAAAACAAGGAGGAAAAUGUUGAUGUAUCAGCUGGUAUGGAAACAGAACAAGAGGCUGGGAAACGUGAAGGAGCGGAUAAGGAUUGCUUUGAGAAUGAGUCUGGGGCACAAAGAAAUGGUGAGACUGUUGCCGAAUACACCACUGUUAAAUAUGCUUCAGGUGAUAGCAUUCAAGUAGCUUCGGGUGAGAAAUCCUUGAAUGAUAGUAUUGAAGUAGCUUGCGCUGGGACUUCAUCUCCAUUGGAGGUGGAAUAAGCUGUAAGGAUGUCACAGAGAUUGGUGGAGACCUGGUAUUGGCAAGACUCAGAUUGGGUAAGAUAUGCUUCACUUCACGUUAGUGCAAUCACUAUAUAAUCUACCUCUUCACAUCCAAUUUUGCCGAGGAGAAGAAGAACUACGACGUAGAAUCUAUAUUUCCCCGGUCAUGCCAAUGUCAUCAACUCUGGAUCAAGUAUGAACUUCUUUGAAACUUAUGAAUUCUCACCUCAGUUAAUGACGAGGUCGUCAAAAAAACCUAUAAGUAGUCCAAGAAGGUAAAUUUAAUAGUCCUAAACUGUUUUUUGUGUUUUCAACUGCAGAAGGGUAAGUGACAAU